UUCACAUGCAAUAAUUGUAAAGCUAUUGAAUUAAUUUAGUGUUGAGAUGAAGGCUGCGACUUGGCAAAAAGAUUCUCAUGGGCUUUUUGAUUAUGAAACUUAACUUCUCACGGUUGAAAAGUAUGUUAUAAUGUAAGAGCGGAAGAUUUAUCGAUUAGGUAUAUUAUAUGAUUAUAAUAAAUAGGUUAAGAAGUCACUACUCAUUGUCCAGAAAAUGAAUAAUCAGAGUCUCAAUAAUAUUUAACAACAGUUAAAGAAUAGGAUAAUAAGUUUUUCAUAAAUCCGAGUGGAUAUGAUGAAAAUGAAAAUUUUUUAAUAGUUAGAAGUUUAAAAAAUAAUUAAGGAGGAUAGAAAGUAUGAAUAGUUUAUAAUAUGAAUAUAGGGAUAUAAAAUGGAGCCUGGAGACAUAAUAAAAUUGGGAAGAAUGGAAUAUGUGAUAUUAGAAACAAAGGAUAAAGACAACUUAGUAAAUUAAGCCACAAAUGAAAUGCUAAAAGUAAAUCUCGAAUAAAAAGUCAGGAUUGGUUCGAAAUAACUGCUUCGUAUGUCUCCAAUAAUUAAGCAAUCUGUCGAUUUUGUCUAAUGGACACUUAAACAAUAGAAGAUCCUUUUAUUUCUCCAUGUAACUGUAAAGGAAGCUGUGAAUUCGUUCAUUUUAGUUGUAUGAGAUAAUGGAUUGAAAGCAGAUGUUAAAUAAAACAGUUAAAUAGUGCAUAAUCAUAUAGAUGGAAAUAGUAUUUAAUAAAUGCAUAUAGGUAACAAUGUGAGCUUUGUGAAUCAUUAUUGCCUUUGAAAAUAAAGAUGGAUGAUCGAGAACUUUCUUUGGAUGUAAUAUAACGUCCAUCAACACCAUAUUUAAUAAUGCAAUCAAGACAUAAGAAGGAAAAGAAGUAUGGAAAAGCUGUGUAUGUGAUACAAUUUUAGAAUAGUGAGCCUAUUAAAAUAGUAUAGUUGGGAUUUAUUAUAUAGGGAAGAGGACAUCAAUGUGAUAUAUAGAUCUCAGAUAUCUCAGUAUCUAGAUUGCAUGCUUAUAUUAAAUUUUAGGAUGGUAAUUUCAUCAUUUUUGACAAUAACAGUAAAUUUGGAACUCUAGUAAAAUUAAUAUAACCAUAUCAAAUUGAACAAGAGAAGGUAGCUGUAUAAGUAAUACUCUUAAUUAUAAAAAGGUUGGACGAACUGUCUUGACUUUUGUAGUAAAAUAACAAUGUAUAGGAGAGAAUGAUUGA